CCACCAUACCAAACCCAUAAAAGGUCCAGAAAUUUGGAGACCAUCCACCAUACCAAACCCAUAAAAGGUCCAGAAAAUUUAGAGGGAGAAAGUGUAAUGUAGAAGUGACACGUGGCAGAUAGCGACAGCGCAUUGAUUUGGUGUGACCAUGGUGGACAAAACACACAGACGCAGCGGCAGUGCAGUAAAUUGGAAGGCACCACACCACCAAUCCAACUCUCUGAUCUUCUCUUUCCCAACUAUUUCUCAAUUUUCAUUAUCCGCACUACAAAUCUAACUUCAUUCUCCACUUUGCGUUUGUGCGUGAGAAAACAUGGUGUCCAAUUACCUUCUUCUCGAGGAGCCCCUUAGGAUGUCCUCCGUCCUCGAGCCAUCUAAGCCUAGUUUUUUUCCAGCCAUGACAAAGAUAGUUGGGACAUUAGGCCCAAAUUCGCGGUCUGUGGAAGUUAUUUCUGGCUGUCUCAAAGCUGGAAUGUCUGUUGCAAGGUUUGAUUUCUCGUGGGGAGAUGCUGAAUUUCACCAAGAAACAUUAGAGAAUUUGAAAGUGGCCAUCAAGACAACCAAAAAACUCUGUGCUGUUAUGCUUGAUACAGUGGGCCCAGAACUGCUUAUAGUCAACAAGUCCGAGCAACUGAUUUCCCUUGAGGAAAAUUCUUUCAUUGUCCUUACACCUGAUCAAGAUAAAGAAGCUAAUUCAACUCUACUUCCCAUUAACUUCAAUGGGUUAUCCAAGGCUGUAAAAAAGGGAGAUGACAUUUUCAUUGGACAAUACUUGUUCACAGGAAGUGAAACAACUUCGGUUUGGCUGGAGGUGUCCGAGGUGAAAGAAGACGAUGUUGUUUGUCUGAUCAAGAAUUCUGCCACAUUGGACGGGCCACUGUACACAUUGCAUGUCUCUCAAAUCCAUAUUGACCUUCCGACUCUUACUGAUAACGAUAAGGAGGUUAUAAGCACUUGGGGACUUCGAAACAAGAUAGACUUCCUUUCUCUUUCUUAUGCUCGGCGGGCAGAAGAUGUUAAGCAUGCACGUGAGUUUCUUUCUAAAUUGGGUGACCUCAGCCAGACACAAAUAUUUGCAAAGAUUGAGAAUGUUGAGGGUUUGAUUCAUUUUGAUGAGAUUCUCCAAGAAGCAGAUGGCAUAAUCCUCGCUCGUGGGAAUCUCGGGAUAGAUCUACCUCCUGAGAAGGUAUUUUUAUACCAAAAGGAAGCUCUUUACAAAUGCAAUAUUGCUGGGAAGCCAGCAGUUGUCACACGUGUUGUUGACAGCAUGACAGACAACCUAAGACCAACUCGUGCUGAGGCUACUGAUGUUGCCAAUGCUGUACUUGAUGGAAGUGACGCUAUUCUUUUGGGUGCCGAAACACUGCGGGGAUUGUACCCUAUUGGGACAAUAUCAACUGUUGGUAAGAUUUGUGCAGAGGCAGAAAAAGUUUACAAUCAGGAUCUCUAUUUCAAAAAGACAGUCAAGUAUGUCGGUGAACCCAUGACGCACCUCGAAUCAAUAGCUUCCUCUGCAGUAAGGGCUGCCAUCAAGGUAAAGGCAUCGGUCAUUAUUUGUUUCACUUCAUCUGGACGAGCUGCAAGGUUAAUUGCCAAGUACCGACCCACAAUGCCUGUUUUAUCUGUUGUCAUCCCACGUCUGAAGACGAAUCAGUUACGCUGGACCUUUACUGGUGCUUUCGAGGCAAGGCAAUCUCUGAUAGUGCGAGGCCUUUUCCCCAUGCUUGCUGAUCCUCGACAUCCUGCAGAACACACAACUGCAACGAAUGAGUCUGUUUUAAAGGUUGCUUUGGAAUACGGAAAGGCCUCUGGCGUUAUAAAAUCCCAUGACCGUGUUGUCGUUUGCCAGAAAGUAGGUGAUGCUUCAGUCGUCAAGAUCAUUGAGCUCGAAGAUUAGAUAUUUUUAAAUUGCUUCUUCUGAUGAACUUUUAAUUCAUGGCUCGCCACCUCUUUUUAUUGAACAUUGGACGACAACAUAAUGUCGAUGUUCCUGAAAAUUUGUCAUCUCGCGUGACCGGUACAAGGGUUUGAAGUUUCAUUGUACUAUUGUAUCACAUAUGGAUAUAUAAUGACCAAAUUACUAAGGGAUUGAUUGAAUAUAAGUCAUUUUGUUUGGUUGUAGUUGUUGGAAAACGAAAGUUAAUUUUGAAAAAGUUCAUUGAG